GUCAACGUAUUUGAAUAGAUUGCAAAUGAAAAGAUAAACUGUUUGGAGUAAGUAUAGGUAUCCAUUUUUGAAAUGGCAAGCGAUACGACACGAAUUGAGAUUUUGGAUCAAUAUAGAAGCAUCUCCAAAAAGUUGAAGAGAACUUUUUUCAAAAAACCUAAUGAGCAUGAAGCUCUAGAAUCAUAUGUGGAUCUAGCUAGAGAAUGGGAAAACCUUGAUUUACCAGCUUAUGCAGGUUUGAGUUGGCAUGCUGCAGCAAAAUGUGAAAAUGCCCUUGGAAAUACAGUAGGAGAAAUAACUAACUUGCUGCGAUCUGCUAGAUCAUAUGCGAAGAAUGAAGUGAAUAAUUUACAAACAGGUUGUAUUAGCUUGGAAUGGGACAUGUUGCAAGCUUCUUUGAUAUCCUACACUUCGGCAAUUUCAAAGUAUAAGAAGGAUUCACCACAAGCAGUGGCUCUCAAUUUAGAAGUAGCCAAUUUAUUACGAAUAAUUGGAAAAAGCGAUUCAGCUGAAAAUUUUCUGAAAACUGCGUUAGAUCACUGUGUCAACGGGGAAUCACUGAAAAUAUACUGCUUGAAUUUACUCGCUUCAAACUAUAUCAAGGCUGGCAAUUAUGUAGCUGCUUUAGAAUCAUUCACAGAAGUACAUAAUAUUCUGCAAACAUUACCAAAUAAUGGAGAAAAUGCUCAAAUUCUUAUGGAAUGUGAAAUCAACCGAAUUUUAUUGUUACUGAUAUUGAAACCACCCCCACAAAAAUUGACCAGCGAUCUAACCCAAGUUCUAGAAAGAUACACAUGGGGAGAUAAAAAUGACGAUAGUAUCAAAAAUUGUCAAAUGAGCGAGUAUAUUUUCAGUCUGUUAGAAUCACUAGUUACCACCUGUCAAUCUGCUGAUACUAGUUCUCUGAAUGACCUGGAAAAAAAACUGUGGCCUCUUUUGAAUAGAAAUCAACGGGACUUACUCAGAGUUUUAGUCCAGAUAUAUUACCUAUAGGACAUCAGAAAUCUUGUAAGAAUUUAAAUAAAUCGUGUUCUUUUCUAUGUGAGGCAGUGGUUCCCUAAAUCAUGAUUUUAAGGAAGAAAAUGGUUGCCGUCGAUAUUUCGAUAGGUAGGUAUAAGCAAAAUGAUAUGCUAAGUUCCUGCUCAAUAUUCAAGAAUUUUCACAAAAAGAAAGAUUAACCUCCCUUCUCUUUGUAAGGAUAAUCCCUUCCCAAAUAGACAUAAUACAAUAAAUAUCACACAAGUUUUAAUGAAAUAAACAAAUUAUCAAUCAGUAUUUUAGUAUUAAACAACAUUUAAAUUAAAA